UCGCCGAAAAGACUAGUAGUAGAAUCUACGAUCCAAAGGAAGGUAUGGCUUGCUGGAUACUAGUACUGUAGUGUAGUGGAGCGUCGACUACCAGUGCCAACACUCGACCGCGGUACCGAGGUGUCGCAUGUGUUCAUUCGUGGUCGGGAGUGCAGCGGACAUCCUCGGUGUCUUGAGGCGGCAUCAGUACCUAGCGUCACUUCCACAACAAGGAAGCUGCGUGUCAGCAGUGUUUUCUUGGCUUAUUGAACCACGAGACUCUCUGGGGCUACCGUAACACACUAUUGAUAGCCGUUCUACUGCUGGGAUUGCCAGUGAAUGCCUGCAUCUUUACAUCUGAAUUAGAACGGUAAGCGAAGAAAGGAAGAAAGCUCGAGGGUUGCUCUCCAAGUAAACCUCGCCAUGGAUCGACAAAAAACUGGUGAGCUUUUCAGGCGAAUUGCCAGCAACGAGGCAAGCCGUGAAGAGCUGGACGAGAUGCUGCAGAGCUUCCCCAGCGACGCGACCAUUGUGGACGGAUUUGGCUUUCCCGCCAUCAACUCAGCGGCCAUGCAUGGCAAUCACACUGCCAUCGCUGCACUACUCGACUGUGGAGUUGACCCGCACACCAGAGAUCCGAAUGGACACACGCCACUGAUGAUCGCGCUGCGAGGCAGAGGCGACGGGUUCACACGGACAGUGGAUGCCAUUCUGGAGGCCUCUACUAAAAAAAGCAGUGAAGAGAGCAGUGAUAGUGGAGAUUGGAUUCACCUGACGGACAACCAGGAUAUGACUGCGCUGCACUUCGCUGCUAGGUCAGGCGACUCGAACACUGUGGAGAGGCUUGUGGCUCUGGGAGCUGACUUACAGAGAAAGGAUAGCAAGCGACGCACGCCACUGCACUACGCCGCACUGAAGGCCCGCUUCCAUGCCGUACAGACUCUGCUCCGCCUGGGCUCCAAGGUGGACGCUACGGAUAACGAGGGCAACACGGCCGCAGUGUGCUGUGCCUUGGAGCUGCCGCACGUACACGAGGCGGCUUAUCGUCGGCGCCUGAGCAGUGUCGGCGAUAUGAACAUGCCCGCUGGCAUCGGUCUCACUUCCGAAGACAAACGCGAAGAGGACUGGAGAAGGGCAGUCGUGGAGGUCCUACUUGCCGCUGGUACGGAAGUUGACCGGGCGAACAAGUGGGGACAGUCGCUGGAGCUCCUCGGCAAACGCCACCGCUGGGUUCGUGUUGCACUAGGGGAGGAGAAUGAGGAUAGCUGCUCAUCCCAGGACAGCGAGAACGGCACCCCGAACAAGCUGCGGAGACGAAGCCGGCGAGGCAGUAGCAAUGUUGCCUCUCUGAGUGUUCCUCAGCUGCGGAAACGCCACGGAAAGCUCUCCGGCGGUGGAUCUGGUGUGCAAGAAGUCGGAACGGACACACGCAAUACGCCAACGCCACUGCGAGACAGCUCUGUGGAAGACGAUGCAUUUGAUGAGGUCACAAACUCUGAUGAGAAGCCAGCAGAAGCGGAUACUACGCCCAGCCUACAAGAAGAGGAAAGUGCUGAAAAGCCAAAAAAGCUGUCGUGGGAGGAUAUAAAGCGCACUGUGAAGAUUGUCGCUUUCUUUGUUGCUGCUCGCUACAUUGCUUUUCAUGUGGUUGGCUGGUGGCAUUCAAGUAGUGGAGAAAGCAACUCAACCCCAAUUGAGGCCAUGGAGUGAUUUAUCUCUCCCUCUUUGGUCAACAUUCUCUCAACGCCCCUAUUUAUCAUUUCCCAGAUAUGAGGAAGAAUAUAGAGACUUUACCGACCCUUACUUCAAAACAAUGUUUUCACCAUUGAAUGUUGAUUUUAUGUAUACUAUUAUUUUCGAUGUUGCUGAUCUGAUCAGAAGGUAGAGAGAAUGUGGAUACUCUGCCCUUGCUAAAGCAUAGAUAACUAUUCGCAACAACUAUCCUGGACACGUUGGCAAAGAGCAUGUGCGUCACACCAAUUCACCCUUAGGUUCUCACCAAACAUUAGAUAUAUGUACAUCAUAUCAAUGCUAUGACUGGACUUGUUCAUUAUCAAUUUUUAGAAAAAACACACUCGCGAUUGUGGCACAACAUGGUGCAGUUUCGAAUCUAUGAUUUAGUAGCAAGCCUGCAACAGAGUCAAACACCACUUCUAGUCAUUUCUCCAACCUUGAGCACACGCUCUCAGAACAGAGAGCAGUGGCGGUUCACUGAAUUUGUAUCAUUCAGGUGAUUGAGAUACUCGCACAAUACGUCUAUAAACAUUUUUUAACUCCUUCCAGGAUUGUAGAUGAACUCUGAAACCUUCAUGCCAACAAUGGCAUUUUGAUGAACUCUGCGUAAAGUCA